AUGGCGAAUGCGAGCAAACACUUGCAACUGUCAGGCAAUGACAGGAAGUACCAGGGCAUGUUGGUUGCUUCUCCAGCAAAGACCAUUUCACCUAAGUGUGUGAACCGCAUUGUGCCAUCAAAACAACUGAUCUUGGGUGGGGAUUCAAUAGGCCAUGUGGUGUCAUUUCUGAUUAAGGUCGUUGCUCUUGAGGCAGUCAGAAGAGUUUCUAAAGCAAGAUGCCCUUUCAUAUGGAAUUCUGUUCAAGCAUUGCAAAUCCUUGUGUAUCCUCCAUUUAGUUGGAUCCAAAGAUGGGCACCACUCAAAUUUCUCGUGCAGGGAAUUCAGAAACUAUCCAUGCCACUGUUGUUUCUGUCAAUCACAACAACAGUAAGUGAGCUGUCUUCCAAGCGUGACGAUGAACCAGAUAACAAUACAGAACAUUCUGAGACACCUUCUGAAACAAAUGAAGUGGCAUCAACUUCUGGCACAAGCGAUGCUGCUGAUGGCACAAAGGAAAUCGUGCAAGAGAACUGGCUUGUGUUACUUUUCAGGGAGCUUGAGAAGCAAGGCAUCACUUUGCCCGAGAGGUUUACUGAAGAUGAGUUACGCAGAUUUUAUGUCGCUGCAAAUGGUGACUUUUCAAGUUUACUCUCUUCGGUUAAGAAGACAAUUCGUUGGAGGGAAACAUUUCACAUACUUACAUUGCAAGAACUUGAUAAAUGGUCUCACUUAGUCUUUUGGCAUGGAUUUGACACGAUGCUUCGGCCUUGUUUAGUAAUUCGUCUCGGACUUGCAUGCUCCAGCAUACCACCUCGUGAUAGACCCUGUUUCGGGCAAGCAGUAGUUUCUCAAAUUGACCAUGGUGUUGUAAAUUUGACCAAUGAAGAAGAUUCAAGAAUUACUGUUUUGCUGGAUUGCCAUGGGAUUUCUCCAUUCAGAUUUCCAAUGCAAAUGAUGAGGUCAUUUAUCACUGUAGUUCAAGAAAACUACCCAAAUCGUCUUGGGGUAUUGUUUGUUGUCCGCCUUCCUCCAGUUGUCAGAGUUAUUGCACAGACAUUUCUUCAAGUUUUGAAACCAUCUACAAAGCAGAAGUUACGCUUUGAGGGAGAUUCGUACAAGAAGACAUUGGCAGAGUUCUUGCAGGUUGUGCCAGCGUUUCUGGGCGGUAAAUGCAGCUGCCCACAAUGUGAGAAGCCUCGUAAUAGUUCAGUGAUACAGGCAGGGGAAGGGAGCAAGAACCAGCCUCGCUUGGUCAGCGUUGAUGACGGAUCACCUGUCACAGACUUCGACUUCGAUGAAGAAGAGAUCCCAUCAGCUUAUAGCUGCGAGAACACCAUCAGGGCCGCAAUAAUCGGCCUGCUGAUGGUGUGCAUCUUCAUCGCGUUUCUGGCUGGGAUGAACGACCCCGCAUCCGUUCCACCCAGUGCCUGA